GUCGCGUCGCGAGAGUCAGUUGACUCAGUUGGAUGCAGUUGAAGUCGGACGGUUAAACGGUGAAGAAGUCGUUGAUCGCGCAGUCGGUGGCGUCACGUGCGUGUCCUCGUUCAGAGCAGUUUUUGUCGCGGCUCAUCGUAUCGCAAGAGACCGACCGACGUCAAGAUGGGGUGCGGAAUGGGAGUUGUCAAAUACCUGCUCUUCAUAUUUAAUUUCAUCUUUGUGCUAUGCGGUUUGGCUAUCCUGGUUAUCGGCGUUUUAGUGCAAGUAGGAAAACAAAAUUAUUCCAAGCACCUGAAUGAAUUUACGGAUUAUGUCACGUUCCCGGCAAUCACAUUGAUCGUCAUCGGCAGCAUCAUCUUUGUCAUCGCUUUCCUAGGAUGCUGCGGUGCGAUUCGCGAGAGUCACUGUAUGAUGGUCACGUUUGCAUGUUUGCUCCUGACGAUUCUGAUUCUACAAGUAGCUGUCGCAAUCUACGUGUUCGUCACAGCGAAGAAUUCCGACAUCAGUUUUAAGGACACAUACGCGAAAGAAGUCUUCAGUCAUUAUACUGAUAAAGAUUCUGAGCAAAAGGACAUUGUGAAUACCAUACAAGAGACGCUCGAGUGCUGUGGCGUUGACGGCCCCAUUGAUUUCCCCAAAUGGCUCCAUACUGAUGUCCCAGGAAGUUGCUGUGGUAGGCCUAAAAAUUCCACCUGCGAUCCACUAAACUCUUUUAAAAAAGGUUGUGCAAAGUCACUGGAAGAACUCUUCAAAUCUGCUCUUACGAUACUGGGUGGCGUCGCCUUGGGUAUUGCUGCUGCUGAGCUGAUUGGCAUUAUAUUUGCAUUAUGCCUGGCGAAUUCUAUAAAGAACGCCGAACGGAGAGGCUAUAGUGUGUAAAAGUGGAGCAUUUGUCGAAGAACGCUGCUUCGCGCGACACGCAACAACAAUCUUCAUCGUACUACCGUACAACAUAUUCGCCUAUAAGAUGUGAUAGAACGCUUUAUAACAGGACAAAUUUUCCUUUUUCUUUUUCUAAGCGGAACGGAGUCAUAUUGUCUCCAUAUGUUUUCUUCUCCUGUUUCUUUACAAUCUUGAUCAAAGUUAAAAGAUGAUUUUUUUUUUUUUUCGAUAUAAUGACACUUUUGUUUUCCGAAAAGAGUUUAACGUAGAGUUCGGCGCAUGACCUGGCAAUGAGUUUUACCGUAACUGUUGUCGGGUCUCAGACCACAUAUUCCUUUUCCUUUAUGAAAAUAACUCCUUUUUUUUAUACGGUUAUAUAUAUACAUACGUAUACACAUUUUGAUACGGUAUCGCUUUGAUUCAUGUUUAUACUUAUUCUACAUAAAGUUCAAAAAUAUAAAAAAAUCUUCGAUAACUGUUUAAUAUGUAUAUGCAGAAUCGUUUCGUCCGAUAGUCCGAGUUAGUCCGCGAACAAAAGUAAUUGAAAGUACCUUAGCGGGGAUGGAAAGCAGACGAAUGAUAGUAUUUUACGAAGUUAAUAUUACAAAAAUAUUUUUUCAUAUAAUAAGCUACACAAUUGUACCUGCGGAGACAUCAUCACACCGCUGUUAAAAACACGGAAUUUCAUCAUAUGUGUCUUUAUAUAAAAAUUCACUUUGUUUGUACAGCACAGUACAGAUAUUUGUCUACAUAUAUAUAUACAUAUAUAUAGAUAUUUUUUGUCUUAUAAUAAAAAAUAAUAUUUUAUCUAAGAGAUCUCGUUGCCGUGCCUGCGCGCGACGAACUGUAGCACGUUUGUGCAAUAUUUUUGUUUAGAAAGAUAACGAUAAAACGUACAAAGGUAUGGGGCACGGCUCGAGAGAAAAGCGAUUAAUAAUUCAAAGUUGCGAUUUUACUCGUUGUUUAACGCGCGAAAUUACCAUUGUUGCUACUGCUGUUGCUGCUGCCGUUGCUGCGAAAUGAAAUUAUGUAUGUCCAGUUUUUUGUAUUCAUAAAAUAAACUUAGACAAAACGGAGAA